CGGACGCCGCGUCUGCGCCCAGCCGCUCGCGGCCCCGUCGCCGCUCGGCCCCCUCGGGCGACCGCUACCAUGGGCACGGACAGCCGCGCGGCCGGGGCGCUCCUGGCGCGGGCCCGCACCCUGCACCUGCAGACCGGGAACCUGCUCAACUGGGGCCGCCUGCGGAAGAAGUGCCCGUCCACGCACAGCGAGGAGCUUCGAGACUGUAUCCAGAAGACCUUGAACGAGUGGAGUUCCCAAAUCAGCCCAGAGUUGGUGAGGGAGUUUCCAGAUGUCUUGGAAUGCACAGUAUCUCAUGCAGUAGAGAAGAUAAAUCCCGACGAAAGAGAAGAAAUGAAAGUUUCUGCAAAACUGUUCAUUGUUGGAUCAAACUCUUCAUCAUCAACUAGAAGUGCAGUUGACAUGGCCUGUUCCGUCCUCGGGGUGGCACAGCUGGAUUCCGUGAUCAUUGCUUCACCUCCUAUUGAAGAUGGAGUUAAUCUCUCCUUGGAACAUUUACAGCCUUACUGGGAGGAAUUAGAAAGCCUAGUACGAAGCAAAAAGAUUGUUGCCAUAGGGACCUCUGAUCUGGACAGAACACAGUUGGAGCAGCUCUAUCAGUGGGCACAGGUGAAACCAAACAGUAACCAAGUUAACCUUGCAUCCUGCUGUGUGAUGCCACCUGAUCUGACUGCAUUUGCUAAACAAUUUGAUAUACAGCUGUUGACUCAUAAUGAUCCAAAAGAACUACUUUCUGAAGCAAGUUUCCAAGAGGCUCUUCGGGAAAGCAUCCCUGACAUCCAAGCACACGAGUGGGUGCCACUGUGGCUAUUGCGCUAUUCGGUCAUUGUGAAAAGUAGAGGAAUUAUCAAAUCCAAAGGCUACAUUUUACAAGCUAAAAGGAGGGGUUCUUAACUAUGACUUGGGAUCAUAACCCACUAACCUGGCUUUUCCUUGAAUAUAAGAUAAAAUUGAGAUGUGCAAAGAUCUGGUUACUGCCUCUACAGUGUCAUUGAGGCAGAUCUUCAGUUGUUUGACAGUAUGUUCUCUGUCAUGUUUUGAAUACUUCUCUUGCCUCCACAUCAGUCCACUCACAUGAACCACUGUAUUGUUUUCAUUAAACUAUUGUUUUCUUACUGAAAUUGCCUAUAAAGAAAAUACUUGCAAUAUAUAUUUUCCUUUAUUUUUAUGACUAAUAGAAUCAAGAAAAUUUGUUGUUAGAUAUAUUUUGGCCUAGGCAUCAGGGUAAUGUAUAUACAUAUUUUUUAUUUCCAAAGUAAUUCAUUGCUUCUUACUCUGUUGUAUAACUAAGCAAUUUAAUUACAGUUGUUAAAAUGAAAUACUAAAAGAUAUUUUUCCUGUCAUUGAUAAAAUAAUUAUAUCUCAGAGUAACUGGAGUAGCUGGGAUCUACUAGUAGUGUAAAUAAAAUUCAUUCUUCAAUACA